AUGUUUAUUAAUACGAAUCAGGGGAGCCUAUCAGUGCAAAUGUCACCUCGGAGCAGUCCUCAACCUGGACGAUACACAGGGGCUAUUUCCCACCAGCAAUGUUAUUUCAAGUGUGUGAGUAUGAGCAUCAUGGAUUUGUCCAUCAGUAGGCUAUUGCUGGAGAUUGCAAAGAAAUCAAGUCCUGGGGAGCUGGUGAAGGGAUUUUGA